CGAAAUGAGACAGACUUCUUUACCGGCGAGCCACUUCGGGCUCUCAGCACCCUUGUCUACUCGGAUAACGUCGACCUCCAGCGAAGUGCCAGUCUGACCUUUGCAGAGAUAACGGAGCGAGAUGUCCGUGAAGUCGACCGGGAUACGCUGGAACCCAUAUUAUUCCUGCUCGAGAGCCCUGACAUCGAGGUCCAGCGGGCUGCCAGUGCUGCUCUGGUAUGCCUUUUCUUCUUCUCCUUCUUUUUUUUUUCUUUGGUUUUCUUUGUUUCAUCUACACAGACCUUGGAAGCUGACCAUAUAUUACUCCUAGCCGAGAACAAGGUGUCGAUAGUCAUGUUGGGAGGUCUUGCUCCUCUGAUCCGGCAGAUGAUGUCUACCAACGUCGAGGUGCAGUGCAACGCCGUUGGAUGUAUCACUAACCUGGCUACCCAUGAAGAAAACAAGGCAAAGAUAGCUGGCUCUGGAGCUCUCGGGCCGCUCACCAGACUCGCCAGAUCCAAGGACAUGCGUGUACAGAGGAAUGCGACUGGCGCUCUCCUCAACAUGACUCACUCAGGUACGUAUCCAUGUCAGCAUCUUCGGGUUUGCUCCCCUACUAACAUCUUCAUCCUGACAGACGAAAACAGGCAGCAGCUUGUCCUGGCUGGCGCAAUACCGAUCCUGGUCCAGCUGCUUACCUCACCAGAUGUCGACGUCCAGUACUACUGCACCACGGCGCUUAGCAACAUUGCCGUUGACGCUCUGAACCGGAAGAAGCUUGCGCAGACAGAGUCACGUCUCGUACAGUCUCUAGUUCAACUAAUGGACUCGUCUACCCCCAAAGUACAGUGCCAGGCAGCACUAGCCCUCAGAAACCUAGCUUCAGACGACAAGUAUCAGCUGGAAAUUGUCCGUGCUCGGGGUCUCCCGCCACUGCUUCGGCUACUCCAGUCAUCCUACCUCCCCUUAAUACUCUCUGCGGUGGCGUGCAUCCGCAACAUUUCCAUACACCCAAACAACGAGUCGCCUAUCAUAGACGCAGGCUUCCUCAAACCACUAGUCGACCUUCUUGGCUCUAUUGACAACGAAGAAAUCCAGUGCCACGCUAUUUCUACUCUGCGUAAUCUUGCUGCAAGCUCCGACAGAAAUAAGGAGCUAGUCUUGGAAGCCGGUGCCGUCCAAAAGUGCAAGGAACUUGUGCUACAAGUUCCGCUGACCGUGCAGUCGGAGAUGACGGCUGCCAUAGCCGUCUUGGCGUUAAGUGACGACCUCAAGGGCCGUCUAUUGAAACUUGGAGUCUUUGAAGUACUUAUUCCUCUAACUGCCUCCGAGAGCAUCGAAGUUCAAGGUAAUAGUGCCGCCGCCUUGGGCAAUCUAUCAUCGAAAGUUGGUGAUUACUCUAUCUUCGUUCGAGAUUGGACCGAACCAAAUGGCGGACUUCACGGUUAUCUAAACAGAUUCCUAGCCAGCGGAGAUCCCACUUUCCAACAUAUCGCAAUUUGGACUCUUUUGCAACUGAUAGAGUCAGAAGACAAACGACUUAUCGGCUUUAUCACUCGCUCCGAAGAUAUAAUACAGCUAGUACGCGCGAUUGCAAACAAGAAUCUUGAGUCCGACGAUGAAGGCGAAGACGGCGAAGAAGGCACCGCCGAAGUCAUCGCCCUCGCACAGAGAUCCCUCGAGCUUCUCGGUUUCGACUCCAAGCACAGCUGA